UGCAGAUGGGGGCGGGUUGAUGAAGCCACGCCUCCAUUAACCUGAAAUCGAACUGAAAAACAUGAAAUCUUUACGAUUAUAAUAAGAAGCGCCAGUGUAGUGCAACUGUGAUCGCAAAGCAUCAUAAACGCGCGCUCCUGAUCAUCUUCAUCUUUAUCAUCGUCAUCAUCAUGUCUGAGCGCAUCGGGUUCAUCACGCGCGUGCAGAGCUUCAGCGCCUGCCAUCGCUUACACAGCAAAUCAUUAAGUGAUGAGGAGAACAAAAGAAUAUUUGGAAAAUGCAACAAUCCUAAUGGUCAUGGUCAUAACUACACAGUUGAAGUGACAGUUCGGGGAAAGAUUGACAGAAACACAGGAAUGGUGAUGAAUCUUACUGAUCUGAAGGACAAUAUUGAGGAGGCCAUCAUGAAACCUCUUGACCAUAAAAAUCUGGAUCUGGAUGUGCCGUAUUUUGCUGAUGUUGUCAGCACCACAGAAAACCUGGCCGUGUUUAUUUGGGAGAGUAUGGUGAAGCUUCUCCCUCCUGACAGCUUGUAUGAGAUCAAAAUAUAUGAAACGGACAAAAAUAUUGUGUUUUACAGAGGUGAAUAGAGUAGGACUCUCAGUACAGCAGCGCACAGUGAUUGAUUUCAAGAAAGUGUAUUAGGUGAGAGCGACACCUGCUGUGUUUCACUGCAUUAUGGGAUUUAUGUAAGUCACUGGGAAUUUGGCUCAGCUGUCCAGCCUUUGAGAUUGAUCCUAUUACACAGAGAUUACACACACACACACACAAAACCUUUUUUCAAAUUAGCAGUCUUCUCCUCUAUGCCCAUCGUCUAAAUGGACCCAUAUUCAUCCUCAAAGUAAGCCUGUUUGAACAGAAAAUAAUAAUAAUAAUAA